AUGGCGCGUCACUCGGCACUGGCCGGCAGCACUGGCCGCGGGGACAAUGUGGAGAAAUGUCAAGAAAUUCCAAUAGUCACAGAAAACUCAGAUUGUCUCUGGGCGACAAUUUGUCUGCAAUCAGUACCCGUCGUAAUAGGUGUGCGACAUUUGCCCAGCGGGAAGCUACGAGGAAAGCUGCUGUGUGCCCAUUUAACAACUAUAACUACAGUAAAAGUCGGUGAGGCGCAACUCCAGCUGCGUUGCAUCCACAGGAUACGAAUCCAAGGAAAUCAGGCGGAUGGAAUGCAGGAAGCGAAUGAAAUGGGCUAUAUAAGUCGCUACUCAUCUACUGUCAAAGAUCUUUUAGGAGGGAGACUUGAAUUUAUACUGGAAAGACAUUCUCACAAUAAAAGUUAAAUAAAUCAAAUAUAAAUAAGAGUGAGCAGUGCCGUUGUAAAUCACUUGCGCUAAUUUGAAACGGAUCCGUAAACACGGACGCAGCAAAAUUCAUCAAACCAAUGCCCCCUCGGCGCUAAUCCUACAAAGGGACCAGCAGAGAGCGCUCAAAAGGAUUUAACAAGCGGCAUUCACGAGUGCUCAUUAUAUUUUUAUACUUUAUACCUCUGGUGGCGGGCAUAAAGUGUGCGAUCAAAACGCGCGAACCCCUACAAAAGGUAAUUAUGUUUUGAUUCCUACAAAAAAAAUCGAGUAUCACAAAGGAGACUAACGAGAUAAGAGCGUGCUAAAUCGCUCCCCCCUAGUCCCGCGCGGAUCAAUCGGCGACGCAGCGGUCGAUUGGCGGAGC